GGUAUUUCGGCUGACUCCUACUUACUCAGCUACAAAAAAAAAUCAGAGAUUGUAUCAUCCAAGGCUUUGUGAGAUCGGUUGGUCAGAGUUAGUCGCAGAAAGAUGCAGGUGAUUGCGUCCUGCUCUUUGCGACCUGAUGCGUUCACUCCCUCCGAGAAUGAUUUCGUGGGUCGACGACAGCUUCUCUCCUCCGCAUGCUCCAGAAUCUCCCAAGGCGACGUCGUUUCAGACCGACCAGCUUCUUCAGUGAAGAUUGGUCGAGAUUGGAAGUCGAGUUUGAAUGAGUUAGCCAUGAAAAGUGUCCCAAGGCGAAUCUGGUUGACAAGUGUAUUCAUGAAUCUGUGCUGUAAUCCUUCAAGGUACUUAUCAGCACUAGCACUUGGCGAUCCAUCUGUUGCCACAGUUGAAGAUGUAAUCCCACCUGUUGUUUUCCCAGCUGGACCUCUCUUCCCUACCGAGGGGAGAAUUGUUCAACUGUUUGAGAAAAAUACUUACUCCGUUGUCAACAUAUUUGAUGUGACAUUACGCCCUCAGCUCAAAAUGACGGGUGUGGUUGAGAUACCUGAAGGAAAUGGCUCUGGAGUAGUUUGGGAUGAACAGGGAUACAUUGUGACAAAUUAUCACGUUAUUGGCAAUGCUCUUUCAAGAAAUCCAAGCCCUGGUGAUGUAGUUGGUCGUGUCAAUAUUCUUGCAUCUGAUGGGGUACAGAAGAAUUUCGAAGGGAAACUUGUUGGUGCUGAUCGUGCUAAGGAUCUUGCUGUCUUGAAAGUAGAAGCACCUGAAACACUCCUUAAACCGAUCAGAGUUGGGCAAUCAAAUUCUCUUAAAGUUGGGCAGCAGUGUUUAGCAAUUGGGAACCCGUUUGGUUUUGACCAUACCCUUACGGUCGGCGUCAUCAGCGGUCUUAACCGCGACAUUUUUAGCCAAACCGGUGUCACCAUUGGUGGUGGGAUUCAAACAGAUGCAGCUAUUAACCCGGGAAACAGUGGAGGUCCUCUGCUGGAUUCAAAAGGGAACUUAAUUGGGAUCAACACAGCCAUAUACACACAAACAGGAACAUCUGCUGGUGUGGGAUUUGCAAUACCGUCAUCAACUGUAUUGAAGAUUGUUCCUCAACUAAUCCAAUUCAGCAAAGUCCUUCGAGCUGGCAUUAACAUAGAGUUAGCUCCAGAUCAAGUAGCUAAUCAACUCAAUGUUCGCAAUGGAGCUCUUGUACUUCAGGUACCUGGAGAUAGCCUGGCUGCAAAAGCAGGGUUGCGUCCAACAUCCCGUGGUUUUGCUGGUAAUAUAGUACUUGGAGAUAUCAUUGUUGCAGUUGAUGAUAAACCCGUGAAAAGCAAAGCUGAGUUGAUGAAGGUAUUGGAUGAGUAUAGUGUGGGUGAUAAGGUGAAACUAGCGAUCAAGAGAGGAAGUGACGAUUUGGAGUUACAGAUCUCAUUGGAAGAGAAGAGUUCAUGACAAAACAUUUGAUCUCUCCCUCUUUAUUGUCUCUGUUAUUUUCCUCGUUCAAUAUGAGAAUAGCAAAGUCACUAGCGGUUCUCAGUCUUUGAACACAUUUAUGUAUGUAUGUCAAUGGAAGAAACAUGUUCCCUUCUUGAAAUAAAUAUGUACUUUAUAUGAA